ACUCAAAUACACCCUCCAUCUUCUCCGUACCUUAUCUCAAAACAUAACUUCCAACAUAAUGACCGUUAAACCACCACCACCACAACCGUCACCGUCCUCCUCCGCCACCUUCUCCCGUUCCCACCGCCACCACAGUCACCCCCUCAACUCAAUCUCCAACCUUCAUUUCCUCUCCCCCUCACCUCCCUCCGCCAAAAUCUUCACCUCCUCCACCACCACCACCACCACCACCACCACCACCGCAACUAACCCCUCCACCUCCAUUACCACCACCAACACUGUCACACCUCCACGGCGAGACUCCGACGAGACUCUUCUAAACCUUCUCCGGCAACGAAAAACCGACGAUGCUUGGGUUAUCUACACACAAUCUCCCCACUUACCAAACCCUACAUGCCUCAGCAGAUUAAUCUCCCAAUUAUCCUACCAAAACACUCCAUCUGCACUCACCAGAGCUCAAUCCAUCAUCCGUCGUCUCCGCCAUGAACGCCAGCUCCACCGCCUGGACUCCAACUCCCUCGGCCUCCUCGCCGUCGCCGCCGCUAAGUCCGGUGACACACUCUACGCCAACUCCAUCCUCAAGUCCAUGCUCAGAUCCGGUUAUUUGCCCCAUGUGAAGGCCUGGAGUGCCGUAGUAAGUCGCCUUGCAGCAUCCGGUGAUGACGGGCCUAAAGAGGCGGUUAAAUUGUUCAGUCAGGUUACUAGAACGAUCAGGAGGAUCACCGAGCCGAAUUUGGUGAUGAAUUCUCGGCCGGAUACUGCGGCGUAUAAUGCGGUUUUGAAUGCGUGUGCGAAUUUGGGGUGGACUGAGAAGUUCCUCCAACUGUUUGAUGAAAUGCCUGAGAGUGAAUGUGAGCCGGAUAUUUUGACGUACAAUGUUAUGAUUAAGCUUUGUGCUAGGACUGAGAGGAAAGACUUGCUUGUGUUUGUGUUGGAAAGGAUUAUUGAAAAGGGGAUUCCGUUGUGUAUGACUACGUUGCAGUCGUUAGUGGCGUCUUAUAUAGGGUUUGGGGAUUUGGAAACCGCGGAGAAAGUUGUGCAAGCGAUGAGGGAAGGGAGGCGGGAUCUUUGUAGGAUUUUAAGGGAGGCGAAUUUGCAGGAGUUUCCGAAUGAAAAUGAGAGUGAAGUGUUUGAAAAAUUGCUUCCGAAUAUGAAGUAUCCGACUGAUUAUGAACCGCCAUUGUUAGAAAAGGUGUUUGCACCGAACACUAGAAUGUACACUACGUUGAUGAAGGGUUACAUGAAAGCAGGCCGGAUUAAAGACACCGUGAGGAUGCUUGAAGCUAUGAGAAACCAAGAAGAUAGUUCUAGUCAUCCGGAUCAUGUUUCAUACACGACUGUCGUUUCUGCAUUGGUCAAUGUCGGGUCAAUGGAAAAAGCAAGGCAGGUUUUGACCGAAAUGACAAGAUCUGGAGUUCAAGCAAAUCGAAUAACUUACAACAUCCUCCUAAAAGGUUAUUGCCAACAGCUUCAGUUAGAUAACGCAAGGGAGACGAUUAAGGAAAUGAUCAAUGCAGGGAUAGAACCCGAUGCUGUAUCAUACAAUACACUAAUCGAUGGAUGUAUAUUAAUCGAUGAUUGUGCAGGAGCUCUUGCGUUCUUCAAUGAAAUGAGAGCUAGAGGCAUUGCUCCCACAAAGAUAAGUUACACAACUCUCAUGAAAGCUUUUUCAGUAUCGGGCCAACCGAAGCUAGCCCAUGAUGUUUUUAGUGAAAUGGAGAAAGACCCACGAGUGAAAGUCGAUUUAGUUGCUUGGAAUAUGUUAAUUGAAGCUUAUAGCCGAGCAGGUAUGCUUGAUCCUGCAAAAGAACUAGUUGAGAAAAUGAAAAAGAAAGGGGUUUAUCCAGAUGUAGCUACAUAUGGCAGUCUUGCAAGUUGUAUAGCAUUAGCAAAAAAGCCUGGUGAAGCGUUAUUACUUUGGAACGAGAUUAAGGAACGCUGUGGUUUAAUAAUCACCGAUGAAGUUAAGGUUUCUAAAUCUGUGUCAAAGGUUCCAAUCUUGAAGCCUGAUGAAGGGUUGUUGGAUACUUUAGCAGAUAUAUGUGUGAGGGCUGCUUUCUUUAAGAAAGCUUUGGAAAUAGUGGCUUUCAUGGAGGAAUUAGGUAUAGCACCAAAUAAGACCAAGUAUACGAGAAUCUAUGUAGAGAUGCAUUCAAGAAUGUUUACGAGCAAACAUGCUUCAAGAGCAAGGCAAGAUAGGAGGAUCGAGAGGAAAAGAGCUGCGGAAGCUUUUAAAUUUUGGCUCGGUUUGCCGAAUUCUUAUUAUGGAAGCGAGUGGAGACUCGAAGGAGAAGGAGUUGAAGAUGAUGAAUACGCAAUUUGAUAUACAAAUAAUCGGUAUUUGUAUCAUAAAAUUUGGCCAGGCGUCGCUCAAGUUGUGUUAUGGUGUAUUCACUUUGGGUGUUUCUUGUACAAAUUUUUAUAAAAUCUGUUUAUAGAUUAUUUACAGAAGUGUAUUGUUUAGUCAUAGAAUUAUAUGAUGAAAUAUAUCAAGGUUGUGAUGAGUCAAUAUAGAAAUUCCUUUGUAUUAUAUGAAUUUAAGUUAUAAAAAAAAUCCAUGUGGCUAUAUAUUUGUAAUUUUGCAAAACCGAUCAAGCAUAGCAUUACACGAAACAACACAAGGUUCACACUUGGUUUAAACAUAAGUAGGAAUACAUAUAAAAUAUAGCACACCAUAACAAUAGUUACCACAAACAACUAGAACAACAUAUCAUAGAUACCAAAUCCAACUUAGUCGAUGAUCAGUAUGGCCACAAGUGAGGCAUGCGCAACAAAAGCCGAGGCGGAAAACACGAUCUUUAUGAUCCUGGCCAGCACCGGAGACGACAAGGGUUUCCUGGUGGGGCUGGUAAUGUAAUACUGAAGCGAAAGUGUAAGCGUUAA